AUGGUGGAGGUCCAACGAGCAAUUCCCAUUCUAGCAAAAGCAUAUGGUGACAGCAUGCACAAAAUUUUGCAUGUUGGCCCUGAUACUUGUUCAGUGGUUUCUAAAUUGCUCAAGGAGAAAGAAACCAAAGCCUGGGGUGUCCAACCAUAUGACAUAGAGGAUGCUGAUAGAAAUUGCAAAGCUCUUGUGAAGAAAGACAUUGUGCGUGUUGCCGACAUCAAGUUUCCACUUCCAUAUAGGCCAAAAUCAUUUUCUCUUGUAAUUGUUUCAGAUGCAUUGGAAUAUUUGUCUCCUAGGUACCUUAACAAGACCCUCCCAGAUUUGGCAAGGGUAUCUAUUGAUGGGCUUAUGAUCUUUACAGGUGAAAAGAGCGUACAACUGUUAAAUGGAUUUUGUGAACGUACAAAGGCUUUACCCUGUAUUGUUUUUGUUAAUUGCAUUUCUAUGUGGUUAUCUAUUGCUGCUCUUUAUGCUCCCUUUAUUAUGAGUCUCUAG